AUGGCAUCCCAGGCGAGGCCAAGGGCAUCAGCGUCGAUAUGCAGCUCGGUGACGGACAGUGAGGUACACACAUUGGAGAUAAGCGACUACAGCCAGCACAGCGACCUCGGCGAUGGAGGAUACAUCUGCUCCACCAGGUUCACUGUCGGCGGCCAUGACUGGCGCAUCCGCUACUACCCUGACGGAACCGGCAACGGGGAAGAGUGCAAAGAUUACGUGGGAGUGCAACUGGAGCUCAUGAGUGAGUUCACCAAGGUGAGGCUGGCGUACGAGUUUAGGCUCACUGAAGACGAAGCCGCCAUCAAGUCAACGACUGUGUUAACAGCUGAAGCUUCAUCCACCUGCGGAACUGACAAAUUCAAGAAGAAAAGCGAUCUACCUAGGUAUCUUCGGAACGAUUCUCUUAAGAUCCAAUGCUUUGUCACUGUUAUAAAGGAAUCACAGUUGAAGGAGACUGCUGUCAGUUCCAACCCCGUCGUCGUUGUUCAAGUGCCGCCCUCAGACUUGUCAUCUCAUCUUGGAAAUUUGUUGUCCCGCGAUCGGGACGAUGGGGAUAUCACAUUCAAGGUUAAAUCUGAGGAGUUCCGUGCCCACAAGCUCAUCCUUGACAUUCGUUGUCCGGCCUUAAAAACUACUGCUACUCAGCCUCAUCUCGAUGGACAAACAAUGAGGGACAGGAGGGCUAUUCCUGAUAACAGCAGCACAGUUGUUAUUCAAGACAUGGAGCCCGCUGUUUUCAAGGCCCUGCGUCACUUCAUCUACACAGAUUCAUUGCUGAAAGAACACAGAAAUGAGGAAAUGGCUAAGAGUUUAUUGGCGGCUGCCGACAAAUAUGACAUGAAAAGGAUGAAGUUGUAUUGUGGAAACAUCCUUUCCAAGAGACCAACUGUUGACAGUGUCACAACCACUAUAGCCCUAGCUCACAAUCAUCAUUGCAGGGAGCUGAAAGGUGCAUGCAUCCAAUUUAUCAACUCUUCUGAGAGAACAAGGGAUGAUGUGCUCUCAAGUGAAGGGUACAAGGAACUCAAAGCCAACUGUCCUGAAGUUGCUCUAGAGAUACUGGAAAAUUCCGACAUUUCUAAAUUUCUGUUUGGAUUUGUUUUAUCAAUGUUUACUUAUUGGAUGUUAACUCAUGAAAUUUCGAGGAAAAAAGUAUUCAAGAAGGCAGUCGAAAGGCAACAAGACGUCCCUGAGGAACCAUCGGCGGGAAAUCACCGUGGUGAAGGCAAGUCCUAA